AUGAAGUUGCUGGAGAAAGUGAACGAAGAGGCUGCGGAGGUCACCAGCACACAACCGACUGUAGUGCAGUUACCUGAAUACUUUGUAGAAGAAUGUAUUCUGAAUUUGUCACUGAUUGGCCUAAAUACCAUGAGCGAAGCCAGUUGUGAGGAACACAGAGGUUGCAUAAGUGUGGAAAAAUCUGAAGGCACUUUUGUGGCUUGUGAAGCAACAACCGAGAACGAUCGACGACCAAACGGCAAAACGACAGUGGUUGAGGUACCGCAAGUGGAAGACAAUGAAGACAAAUUUGUAAUUACACGAUUCUGA